AUGCCUGCUGAUGCCACAGAUGAAUACAUCAAAAUAGGAGAGUCUACAACAAUUGAAUGCAUGAAGAGAUUUUGUCGCGCGAUUGUAGAAGUAUUUUCAGAGUGGUAUCUCAGAUCACCAACAUCAGAAGACAUUGCAAGGCUUCUCCAUAUCAGUCAGCAACGUGGAUUUCCAGGAAUGCUGGAUAGUCUAGACUGUAUGCAUUUGAAGUGGAAAAAUUGUCCAACCGCAUGGGCUGGACAGUUUGCAGGUCGUAGUGGAUCACCUAUAAUCAUUCUUGAAGCAGUUGCAGACUACGAUCUAUGGAUAGAGCAUGCUUAUUUUGGUAUGCCAGGCAGCAGAAACGACAUUAAUGUUUUGAAGGCAUCUAAUCUAUUUUCAAAGCUUGCUCAAGGUACUGCUCCUCCAGAUAACUAUAUUAUUCAGGGAAAAUAG